AUGUGUAGGUGUUUUACAACCAGUUACACGAGAUGUGGCCAUGAAGAACGAGUCCAAUGGCUGUGCCAGACGGCAGAAUGGCGAAGACCUGUGUACGCAUGUCGCGGUUGGGAUGAUCCAAUGAGACAGUUCCACCAAGCCGAAGACAGAGACUGCCCACGCUGUGAAGAGCAACAAAUGCUGAGAAUGACACAGACACCACGGAGAAGGUCCGAAAACGCCUAUCUUCAAGGAGAUGUGCCCAUCCGCAACAGACGAGGAAGUCUGCCACAGAGAUACUUACCCACUCCACCUCCUGCAUACACGAGAGGCUAUGAGUAUAUCUCAGGAUAUAGAUAUGGAGAGAGUCAGUCAACAAGGCCAAGAGGCGACCCAGAUCCAUCUCCAAACGAAGUACAGCGCCGUGUCUCUGAAUGGGCACGCCGUGUACCUGCUGGUCCUCCUCCUGCAUCCCUUGCAAGCACCGCAAGAGAGCUAUAUAGGCCGCAUGGGAACGAUAGGGUUCACACCGUAUCUUCCUCCUCACAGCAUCCCAGUGCUGGGGUUGAGAGCCAUGUGUCUCGCCACCGCAGAAGGCAAAGCGAUAUAUACGAUCCAAGACGCUCAAACGCUGGGACUGUAUCCAGAGCAGAGCUUGGAAGCGAUCAGAGUGCCCGCUAUAUACGUGCCUCGGACGAAGAGCGCCGCAACACUCACCCAACUACACGCCCUCGCUAUCCUCGUUCCGCUCAAUCUGCAGCUGACACUUCUGCAUUUCACAGAGAUGGUGAUUUUGAAUUCACAGUCACAAGACACUUCGUUGGAGAUGGAACAGAAUUCAUCCAAUCAAUCACAUACGCACAAGAACAAGAGCCUGCACGUUCAGAAGACAUGAGCACUACAAACCAUCAGACCAGAGGAACGGGUGAGUUGUACCCCAGCGAACGCCGAGGAAGAGGCGUACAUGGAGGAAGUGGAGGCAUGGCAUUAUUUAGAGGUUCGCAGCCACCCCAGCCACCACACAGACGUUGA